AUGGAUAACAAGAUAGUUAAACCUGUUCCGAAGAAGAAAUCAAGAAGCACCACACCUGUGGGUGGCUCUUCAUCCUCACAAGGCCAAAAACACAAGAAUACAUUUGGUGCAUGUUUGCGGUGUAAGUACAAGAAGAUAAAAUGUGAUCUGGGACCAGCUGAUAGACCCGUGUCACCUCCUUGUGCAGCAUGCAGAAGAAGCAGAUCACAUUGUUUUUUCAAUGCUCCGAAGGUGAAGAUAGGGAAAUUAGGCAACAUCCUAGAUUCACAGGGGUUGCAAAGCUCACAAUCCACCAGUCCCACAUCUGCCUCAAUGCUAAAUGCAAUUACACAGUCAUUACAAAACCAUAGAGCCAUGAAUGGUAAUCAAAAUAUGCAUUUAAACAAUUUGAGCAAUCUGGUUGGUCUGAAAAAUCAAAACUUAGAGGGAGUUUCCCUAAAUUCUCCAAAUACAGCAUUGAUAGAGGCUUGCGAUAGAGUUAAAUCAGAUACUGCUUGGAAACUAGAAUUAACAUCAAUGCAGAGUGCUUUGGAGUUUCUUGCUAAAGCAACCAAACUUAGAAACGACUACAAGAAUAACGAACCUUUCGGCUCUACAAGAUCUGAUGCUGCGAGUACGACGUCAGAGACAAGAGACCUAAGCGAGAAGGAUAACGGUAACGAAUCUGACUCAACAACUAACUCGACCUCAAAGGAUACCUCAACUAGGAGUUCAUAUCCCAGUAUCGAGGCAAUCAAACCCGAGGUGCCGACACCGUCUAACCAUAACUAUGAUCUUUUGGGUGACGGUAAACUGGUUACUAUGGAUGAGGCUAGAAUGUUGGUAAAUAUUUUUUUCAAUUUCAUGCAUCCCUUUUACCCUUACAUACCACUGCAUUUACAGGACUUUGACGAAUUAUUCAAAUAUCCACUACUAUUACAUUGCAUACUGGCUAUUUCAGCCAGAUAUAAUCCGUUUGAUAAGGUUGGAUUCGACAACGGUAUUGAAGGCAAUAGAAACGUCAUAAUUCAUAAUAAAUUAUGGACACAUUGCCAACAACUUUUAUCACAAACUGUCUGGUCCCAGGCAAGCACGAGAUCAAUUGGUACCACCUUGGCUUUCCUUUUGUUUACAGAAUGGAACCCAAGAGCAAUCCACUGGGAGGUAUCAGAUACUGCUCAUUAUUUAUCUGAUAAUAACGUUUCUUCUUCCAAAGAGGACCCUGAUGGUCUGGGAGGUAUUGCGACCGUGAAGAGAAGUGACAGGAUGGCAUGGAUGUUUACUGGUACUGCAAUAAGAUUGGCCCAAGAAAUGGACAUAUUAGAAAACAACGCAAAAAUUUAUACAGCAGCGAACAUUGCUGAAAUAUGCUAUGCUUCCAACAUGAAUCUCAAACCAACAUUAGGUGAGUCAUUAGUAUCCAUUGAUGGUGGGAUGAAGGAGUUUGAAAUAGAUAAUCCCAAGUCACAAGACGAUAUAGAAAAUGAAGAUCUACUAAAAUUUGUGCAACUUGUUGCCCAGAAUAAAGAGUCAACAAAAAAGUGGGCAAUCCAUAAAGCUUAUUCUGAUAAACUCAAGGAAGAAAACCCUGACCUUAUAAUUGAUCUUGAAACCGAAUUCCUAAACGACGAAUAUAGUAUAAAUUACCUCGAUGAGAACAGUUCCUUCUUGAAGAACCCGAUUCCGUACACUACUUAUCAGAAAGCCCAACUUGAAUUAUUGCGAAUUGUCACAAUCACAUAUCAGACAAUAUACUAUGAAAAAAUGAAAAAAAGAGUUUCAAGUGUAGAUCAAAAGAAGAAUUUAAUGAUAUUGGAUGUUCUUUCUCCAAUCUUGAACGCAUGGUAUCUGAACUACUACAAACUAAUGAAACCAGUAAGCGAUGAAAAGCCAGUGAUAAUAUCCUUAGAUGAUUUGAGUAAAUUCAAAAGAACUGCCAAUAUAAGAGGUGAAAGCUUUAUUAGUGAUUACUAUUAUUGCCAGUUGUACACAUUUUCUUUAGCUCUUCAAGUUGAAGUGAAAGAAUCCAAAUUGACCCUGAAUGAAAUGAUAAAGAGUGCAAGAUUUGUCGAACAAGCUUAUCGAGCCGCGAAAGAGAUACUAAAGUCUGCAAUAAGGGUACACAAAGUUGAUAUGCUGAAAUAUAUGCCAGUAAGGUGGGUAAUGCGAAUAGUUAGAUCUGCAUCAUUCAUUGUAAAAUGCUACAUUACAUUAUGUGAUCAUAGCAUGGCAACCAACUCGGAAGCAAAGUCAAUUUUGAAACUAAGUGGUAUAUUAGUUGAUGACACUGUUCAUAUGAUUAGACAAGCUGCAGUCAUUCUCAAAGAAUCAACUCCUGAUGAGUUGCAUUUAGCUAGUAAAUUUUCUACAAUAUUGAUGUUCUUAUGUAAGGAAAUCGAUGAAAGAAAGAGGGACAAUGAAAAUCUCAUGACAGGGAAUGGCUUAAAUAAUGAUCCCAGCCUUGAAUCACAGACCACUCACAAAGAGUCUUUAGAGGCCAGUAACCAUGACACAAUUUCAAGUGACGCCCAAGAACCUCCCAGUGAAAACGAUAGCUCUCAUGAUACUACGACACAAGGCACAGCUAAUUCCACACGUAAAGUUGGACCCAAUUCGAUAGAUGAGAUAGGUCAGUUUACUGCUUAUCUUCCCGAGGAUGUGAUCGACUGGUUUUCAGCUAGCAAUAACAUUGGACUGGAUUUUGUUGAGCCAUGGACAGAAUUAAUUGAACAAAAGUAUAUUCAAAAUAAAGACGGAUUCCAGGAUUUCGAUCAAUUAUUCGAUGAAUUUGCAAUUAGACCUAGUUAG